AUGGCUGUCCUCACAGUAAUGGUUGCAUUUGAGUAUACUGCUGGUGCAACUAUAUCAAAGUGUUUAAACAUAGCAUUUGCUACAGCAUUAGGUGUCUCAUUAGGGAUUGGAGCUAAAUAUUUAGCUGAGUUUUGUGGAAAAGUAGGGGAGCCUAUAAUUCUUGGGUUUUUGGUCUUCAUUCUAGGUGCUCUAGGUACAUUUACAAGAUUUUAUCCACAUAUGCAAAGGAGAUAUGACUAUGGAUGCAUGUUCUCUGUGGCAACAUUUAGUUUGGUCACAGUGUCUGGUGAUAGGUACUUGGAGUUGGUUAAGCAUAGGAUAUCAACUAUUAUGGUUAGUGUUGCCACAGUCAUGGUUAUCUCAUUGGUCAUUCGACCAGUGUGGGCUGGAAAGGAUCUUCAUAAUCUUAUUAUUGCAAAUCUUGAAAAGCUAGCAAGCUUCUUAGAUGGUUUUGAAAGUGAGUAUUUUCAAGCAAUUGGUGAGGACUCCAAAGACAAGGAAAAGGGAUUUCUUGAAGCCUUUAAAAGUGUUCUUGGUUCUAAGGCCACUGAGGAAUCUUUGGCAAACUUUACAUGGUGGGAGCCAGCCAAUGAACCAUUUAGGUUUAAUAAUCCAGGGAAAGAGUACUUAAAGAUUGGUAACCUUGGUAGAGAUUGUGCUUGCCAUCUUCAUGCUCUUAGUGGUCACUUAAAAUCAAAAUCUAAGGCACCAACUAAGUUUCAUAAAAGAAUAGAAGAAGCUUGCAAGGGAAUUAUUACGAAAUCUAGCAAUGCAUUAAAGUGUCUUACUUUGUCCAUCAAAACUAGGACCCAACCCCCUUCCUCCACGGGUGAACCUGACCCGUAUAACGCGAAAUUCGCCAUCGAUGAACUCAGAGCGGUGCUCUUAAUUACCACAAAAACCAUCUCAGAAGAAGACACAAUUGACGUCAUCACUGCUAUGUCGGUGGCAUCGAUACUCAUCGACGUCACUAGAUGCGUCGACGAAAUCUCCAAAGCGGUGGGAGAGCUUUCGAUCAAAGCACGUUUCCAAAAGGAGGAAAAAAGAAGGAUACUUCUACGUCAAUCGAGGCGUUGA